GGCUACGAAGGUCACGGCGGCGGUAACCACGCUGCCCGUGGCUCUGGUGACGGACAGUGGCGAGACGGAAAGCACAUCCCUGGCCCGCCUAACCCUCGUGUUGAGCGCGAGCUCUUUGGCACUGCCGACGAUCCUUCCAAGCAGCACACCGGCAUCAACUUUGAGAAGUACGAUGACAUCCCCGUCGAAGCCUCUGGCCGCGACGUCCCCGAGCCCGUCCACCAGUUCACCACCCCCCCUCUGGACGAGCACCUGUGCCGCAACAUCGAGAUGGCCCGCUACAAGGUGCCCACUCCUGUCCAGAAGUACUCCAUCCCCAUCGUCAUGGGUGGUCGUGACCUGAUGGCGUGUGCCCAGACUGGUUCUGGCAAGACUGGUGGUUUCCUUUUCCCCAUCCUGUCCCAGGCUUUCAUCCACGGUCCUUCUGCUGUCCCCGCCAACGCUGCUGGACAGUUUGGCCGUCAGCGCAAGGCUUACCCCACAUCCUUGAUCCUUGCCCCCACUCGAGAGCUUGUUUCUCAGAUCUACGAUGAGGCUCGCAAGUUCUCGUACCGAUCUUGGGUCCGCCCUUGCGUCGUCUACGGUGGUGCCGACAUUGGCUCCCAGCUCCGCCAGAUCGAGCGCGGAUGCGACCUUCUCGUUGCCACUCCUGGCCGACUUGUGGAUCUCAUAGAGCGAGGCCGCAUCUCCCUGUGCAACAUUAAGUAUCUCGUGCUCGAUGAGGCCGAUCGCAUGCUGGACAUGGGUUUCGAGCCCCAGAUCCGCCGCAUCGUCGAGGGUGAGGACAUGCCUUCCGUCGCUGACCGACAGACGCUCAUGUUCUCGGCCACCUUCCCCCGCGAUAUCCAGAUGCUUGCCAGGGAUUUCCUCAAGGACUACGUCUUCCUGUCCGUCGGCCGUGUUGGUUCCACCUCUGAGAACAUCACCCAGAAGGUCGAGUUUGUCGAGGACAUUGACAAGCGCUCCGUCCUUCUCGACAUCCUCCACACCCACGCUGGUGGACUGACGCUCAUCUUCGUCGAGACCAAGCGCAUGGCCGACUCUCUGUCCGACUUCCUCAUCAACCAGAGCUUCCCUGCCACCUCCAUCCACGGAGACAGGACCCAGCGUGAGCGUGAGCGCGCUCUCGAGUUCUUCCGUAACGGACGCUGCCCCAUCCUGGUUGCCACCGCUGUCGCGGCUCGUGGUCUCGAUAUCCCCAACGUCACCCACGUCAUCAACUAUGAUCUUCCCACCGAUGUCGACGACUACGUCCACCGUAUUGGUCGUACCGGCCGUGCCGGAAACACUGGUAUCGCUACCGCUUUCUUCAACCGUGGCAACCGUGGCAUCGUCCGCGAGCUCAUCGACCUUCUCAAGGAGGCCAACCAGGAGAUCCCUCCCUUCCUUGAGGCCAUCGCCCGUGAGUCCUCUUUCGGCGGUGGUGGUCGCGGCGGCCGCUCUCGCCCUGGAGGUGGCCGUGGCAAUGCCAACCGUGAUUUCCGCAAGUUCGGCGGCGGCGGCUUUGGUGGCAGCGGCGGCGGCGGCGGCGGCUUCAGCAACCCCCAGCAAGGCGGCUUCAGCAACUAUGGUGGACAGUCUCAGGGAGGCUCCAACUAUGGCGGCGGCGGCUAUGGCGGCGGUUAUGGCAACGGCGGUGGCUACGGCAAUCCCGGCGGUGCUGGCGCCCAGUCUUCGUGGUGGUAA